ACGAAACCUUAUAACCUCAGGAAAUGAAACUUAACAUUGCAAAUAAAUGCUCUCUGGUUUAUUCCAGUAAACUCACUGCGCUUGACAGCAUCACUCUGUUAGCAUCACUCUGAUAGCAAUUGGGAAGUGUUUUACACCGAAUAUUUUUAUUUCUUUUCGCAAUUUUUGACACUUUGUCGUUGUAUCAAGAGGAUGAGUUACCCGUUUAGUCAGCAAUAUGAGGAAAAAAUCCGCCCUUGCAUUGAUACGAUCGACAAAUUACGUUCUUUGGGAGUAGAAAAGGAUUUGGCUCUGCCUGCCAUCGCCGUGAUUGGGGACCAAAGCUCAGGAAAAAGUUCUGUUCUUGAGGCACUGUCAGGAGUCGCGUUGCCCAGGGGUAGUGGAAUUGUUACACGAUGCCCUCUUGUGCUCAAGAUGAUAAGAACUAAGGAGGAAGAAGGAUGGCAUGGGAAAAUCAGCUACCAGGAGUAUGUGGAAGACAUUAAUGACCCAGCAGAUGUUGAGAAAAAGAUUUGUGAAGCCCAAGAUGAGAUGGCUGGUGCAGGGGUUGGUAUAAGUGAAGAACUCAUCAGUUUACAGAUCACCUCUGCAAAUGUUCCGGACCUCACGCUUAUUGAUCUCCCCGGUAUCGCACGAGUGGCAGUCAAGGGUCAACCUGAGAAUAUCGGAGAGCAGAUUAAGAGACUGAUCAGGAAGUUUGUUACCAAGCAAGAAACAAUCAACCUUGUUGUGGUGCCAUGUAAUGUUGACAUUGCGACCACAGAAGCAUUAAGAAUGGCACAGGAAGAGGAUCCUGAUGGCGAGAGGACUUUAGGUAUCCUAACAAAGCCGGACCUGGUGGAUAAGGGCACUGAAGGGAGUGUGGUAGACAUUGUGCACAAUGACGUCAUUCCCCUUACUAAAGGCUACAUGAUUGUCAGGUGCAGAGGACAGAAAGAGAUCACGGAUCAGGUCACUCUCAAUGAGGCCACAGAGACUGAGAAGGCCUUCUUCAAAGACCAUCCUCAUUUCAGCACACUAUAUGAAGAAGGCUUUGCUACUAUUCCCUUGUUGGCUGAGAAACUAACCAUUGAGUUGGUUUAUCACAUUCAGAAAUCCCUGCCUCUGUUAGAGGAGCAAAUCGAGGCAAAGCUUGAAGAGACGCAGAAGGAUCUGGAGGCAUAUGGCACUGGACCACCAACAGACCCUACAGAGAGACUUGGCUUUCUGAUUGAUAAAGUUACAGCUUUCACUCAGGACACUUUCAACCUAACCACUGGGGAGGUGCUUAAAUCUGCUUCAGAUCUACAGAUUUUUCCAGAAAUCCGCAAAGAAUUUGCAAAAUGGAAGUGCGUCUUGGAUAAUUUCAACAUUCAGAGAGAAGUUGGUAACUAUGAAGACAAGUAUCGGGGCAGAGAGCUUCCAGGCUUUAUCAAUUACCAGAUGUUUGAGGGUCUUGUCAGGGAACAGAUAAAGCAGUUGGAGGAACCUGCGUUAAAGACACUGAAGACCAUAUCAGAUGUGGUUAGAAAGAAGUUUAUCCAGCUGGCCCAGUGUAGUUUCAUUGGAUUCCCCAAUCUUCUCAAAAUAGCAAAGGCUAAGAUUGAGGGCAUCAAGCAAGAAAAAGAAUCACUUGCAGAGUCCAUGCUGAGGACCCAGUUCAGGAUGGAGCUCAUUGUUUAUAGUCAAGAUUGCACAUACAGCCAGAGCCUACAUGAUGCAAAGGGAAAACUGGAGGAAGAGGAAGAGGAAGAGGAAGAGGAAGAGGAAGAAGAAGAAGAAGAAGAAGAAGAAGAAGUAGUAGUAAAAUAUUUUAUUGAUACUGUGGCAAAUAGCACAGGCAAUCAUGCCACCCUGCAUGAGAUGAGUCUGCACCUUGAGUCCUACUACUCGAUUAUAAGCAAGCGUCUAGCUGACCAGAUCCCAAUGGUGAUCCUCUACCUGCUGCUCCAGGAAGCUGCUGUGGAACUGCAGAGAAACAUGCUGCAAUUGCUGCAAGACAAAAAUGCUAUAGAUGACCUGCUUAAAGAGGACUAUGACAUUAGCCAAAAGCGGGAAAAAUUGUUGAACCGCCAGAAACGUCUGAUGCAAGCACGGAGCAUCCUUAUUGCCUUUUAGAAUUCAGUUAAUAUCGCUUAUUGCAAUAGUUUUAAUGCAACACAAUCAAACAAUGGUAGUGAAGUGACAUGAUGUUUCUCCCUUCCAUCAAGCAUUGGUAGCAAACGCGUAAACAUGCUUUUUUGCCUAGUACAUUUUCUCUCUCAGAGUGACUAUUUUGAACACGGGUGUAAAUAGCACCUGCCACACAGUGCAGCUAUUUGCACCCCAAUAGUCUAGUAGAAAUAUAUACAUUUAAAACAAACAGCAUUGUAAGACCAAGGUUCCAUUCCAUCAUUUUCCCUGUCACUCCUCUUAAUGCUUUCUUCAAUACUACUCAUAAUAAUUAAAAAUGUAUAUAAAGGUAAUUUUACUGUAGUAAUAUUGUGGUGACCACGUUUUUUCAUGGAAACCAUGGUUUUGAUGUAAUUAACAAUGCUGUUACUACAGUAAAAUGGUGUUGGAAUAGAAACCAUGUUUAAUUCAGUGGUUUCUGUGAUUUUACUACAAAAUAAUACCAUAGUCAUAGCAUGGUUACUAGGCAUUGAAAUAUAUUAUAUUAUUUAUAUCACCAGCUAGAAUAUAUUUAGAUUAGAUUUGUUUUAUUUUGUAAUUGUAUAGCAGUAGUGCUAGUGACAUGUAUACUGUUGUUGUACGACCAUUGGUGAGCAGAUAUAUAAGGUAUAAAGGAAACUGAAGGAAGCCGAGUCACACACGUGCAGGCUGGUAAGGGAAAACAGCUUCUAAACCACAAGCUCACUGCAUGCACACAGAAGAUAGAAAGUGGUAAUCUAUUUAUUUGUUUUAUUAGUUUUGAAUCAAUGGUCUUGACUGUUAUGUUUCUAAAUCAAAAUAAAACUGAAACAAAAAGGAUGAAGAGUGAGUUUUGAAUGCAACCCACAAACCUUAGAUAUAGGCCAUAACAGUUACUGUAGAAAAGUUAGUUAAUUUUUGAAAAGGAAGGUUAUUGUAAGGUUUUUCAUUUUCCCCCCACGAUGAUUUCGGGUUAUUUUUCAAUUGAAUUGUUGACAUUAUAGAUCACAUUAAAAGUCGAAAAAUUUCUGACAUUAUUUAUCUUUGUCUCAUUCUUUUACUUCACAAAAACCUGGCAU